UUAAUUUCCUCCUCUUCAAUAUGUGCGCAUCAUCGUCGGAGGGUAGUUCCCCCUCCUUUCCCUUAGGAAGAGCUUUGAAGUCAGGAAAAGCUGAAGGAAGUGGGCGCCUCGUUCUUUCAAAGGCGACGGAAUUGUUGCCCUACCUACCGCAGUUACCCAAGAGUCCUCACAGCACCCCCCCCCACACCAUCAUCACGACCGGGGGGGGGGGGUAUGGACGGAGGGCGGGCAAACAAGCAAGCGAACAAGCGUGAUUCAGAGGCACCACGAGAAGGCAUCCAGUUCUCGCCGUACACCCGCGUGUCUAAAUCCCUGCUUGCAAAUCACAUGCGCAGCUCCAUUCCCAGGGCACGGAGGAGCUGCUUUACUUCAGAUAUUUUCGGCUUGAGAGCUCUCGUCAUUUCCGCCAGGCUCUCCUGAGCGAGUGCUAGAAGGGAAGAGAGAGAGAGAGAGAGAGAGAGAGAAAAGAGCGCGACAAGCGUGCCGGCUCGGGAAGGAAAAGCUGGCGAGGGAGCAGUUUGGAAGAAGAGACGCCGGCUGAAGGCGAGGCUGGUAGCGCCUCCACUUGCUUGCCGUGUGAUUCAAGCGGCGAGCAGGCUUCGGUUCAGUGCCGGGGAACGAUCGGAACAUCCUGGAGCCCGCGAGUCACGGCGGAGGGGGGCAGUAGGUAGGAGGCGUCGGAGCGUGCAGCCCUCCUCCUGCUCCCCACUGAGGCUGCAACAUGAACUGAAAGCCCCAGAAAGGAACGAAGAGGAAAAGGGUGCGUGCGCGUUCGUCCCUUCGCCUACGGCAGGCACAGAAGACGAGCCGGAGAGGAAGGCGAGGAUUUUUAGCGCAUCUUCCUCCGCUCGCCGAGGCUUAUCGCAUUGUCUGGGUUUGAAGGUCCAGGAAGGGGACCUUUCGUGAAGGGGAGGGAAGGAGAACUUGCCGCGGCGCGAAGACCCUCGCAUUGGUCCAGGGGCACUUCGCAAAGUUUUCCUCAUGGCGCUCAUUAUGGAACCUGUGAGUAAGUGGACCCCGAGCCAAGUGGUGGAUUGGAUGAAAGGGCUUGAUGACUGCCUGCAGCAGUAUAUCAAAAAUUUUGAAAGAGAGAAGAUUGGUGGGGACCAAUUACUACGUAUCACUCAUCAGGAACUGGAGGAUCUGGGAGUUACUCGAAUUGGGCAUCAAGAACUUAUCUUAGAAGCAGUUGACUUGCUCUGUGCUUUGAACUACGGACUGGAAACUGAAAACCUAAAAACUCUUUCUCACAAGCUAAAUGCAUCUGCCAAAAAUCUUCAGAACUUUAUCACAGGCAGGAGGAGGAGUGGUCAUUAUGAUGGUAGGACCAGCAGAAAAUUACCAAAUGACUUCCUUACUUCAGUGGUGGAUCUGAUUGGAGCUGCAAAAAGCCUUUUAGCUUGGCUGGACAGAUCACCUUUUGCUGCUGUGACAGAUUAUUCUGUUACAAGAAAUAAUAUCAUACAGCUCUGUCUUGAAUUAACAACAAUUGUACAACAGGACUGCACUGUAUAUGAAACAGAAAACAAAAUACUUCAUGUGUGCAAGACUCUCUCUAGUGUCUGUGACCACAUAAUCUCACUGUCAUCUGAUCCUCUCGUUUCUCAGUCUGCUCACCUGGAAGUGAUCCAGCUAGCAAACAUCAAACCAAGCGAAGGGCUGGGUAUGUACAUUAAAUCAACAUAUGAUGGUCUCCAUGUAAUUACUGGAACAACAGAAAAUUCACCUGCAGAUCGGUGUAAGAAAAUCCAUGCUGGAGAUGAAGUGAUUCAAGUUAACCACCAAACUGUGCCUCUUGUACCUAGAAGUCCUACAAGCAGUGUGGCAACACCAUCUAGUACUAUCAGCACACCUACCAAAAGAGACAGUUCAGCUCUUCAGGACCUCUACAUACCUCCACCUCCAGCAGAACCAUACAUACCCAGGGAUGAGAAGGGAAAUCUCCCAUGUGAUGAUAUUGGAAGACACCUUGUAGGAAAGCCAGUUCAUAAGGGAUCUGAAUCACCAAAUUCAUUUCUUGACCAAGAAUAUAGAAAACGGUUUAAUGUGGUUGAAGAAGAUGCUGUCUUGUACUGUUAUGAAUAUGAGAAAGGAAGAACUAGCUCUGGGAGAAGAGAGAGUACUCCAACAUAUGGUAAGCUAAGGCCUAUAUCUAUGCCAGUAGAAUAUAAUUGGGUAGGAGACUAUGAAGAGCCCAGCAAGACAAAAAGAGAUAGUAGAAGAGAAAAUUCGCUACUUCGAUAUAUGAGCAAUGAAAAAAUUGCUCAGGAAGAUUACAUGUUUCAGAGAAAUAGCAAAAAGGACACAGGCAAAAAAUCCAAAAAGAAAGGAGACAAACACAAUAGUCCUAGUCAUUACUCCCUGCUGCCCAGUUUACAGAUGGACUCAUUAAGGCAAGACAGCAUGACUACUCCUGGUCCUGAAACCUCUUUGUAUCAUACAUUUCAGCAGUCUUCUCUUCAGCACAAGUCUAAAAAGAAGAACAAAGCCACUGCACAAAGUAAGAGUAAAAGGCGAAUUUCUUGUAAAGAUCUUGGUCGUGGAGAUUGUGAAGGCUGGCUUUGGAAAAAAAAGGAUGCCAAGAGUUAUUUCUCACAAAAAUGGAAAAAAUACUGGUUUGUUCUGAAGGAUACUUCUCUGUACUGGUAUAUCAAUGAGGAGGAUGAAAAAGCAGAAGGAUUCAUCAGCCUACCAGAAUUUAAAAUUGAUAGAGCUAGCGAAUGUCGCAAGAAAUAUGCAUUCAAGGCCUGUCAUCCUAAAAUCAAAAGCUUUUAUUUUGCUGCUGAACAUCUAGAUGACAUGAACAGGUGGUUAAACAGAAUUAAUAUGCUAGCUGCUGGUUAUGCAGAAAGAGAAAGGAUCAAACAAGAACAAGAUUACUGGAGUGAGAGUGAUAAAGAAGAAGCAGACACACCAUCAACACCCAAACAAGACAGCCCACCUCCACCAUAUGACACAUAUCCACGACCUCCUUCAAUGAGCUGCGCAAGUCCUUAUGUAGAACCAAAGCAUAGCCGGCUGUCAUCCACCGAAACAUCCCAGUCACAGUCGUCACAUGAGGAGUUCCGACAGGAAACAGUAGGGAGUACUACUGAAUCUCCCAUCCGCAAAACAGCCAGCCAGAGACGUUCUUGGCAGGAUUUAAUAGAAACACCACUGACAAGCUCAGGGCUACACUACCUUCAGACUCUGCCCCUUGAAGAUUCAGUUUUCUCUGAUAUGGCUGUUAUCUCUCCAGAACACAGGCGGCAAUCAACUCUUCCAACUCAAAAAUGCCACUUACAGGAUCACUAUGGCCCUUUUCCUUUAGUAGAGGGUGAGAGAAUGCAAGUGCUAAAUGGAAAUGGGGGAAAGCCCCGCAGUUAUACUUUGCCUCGGGAUAGUGGGUUUAACCACUGCUGCCAGACCCUUUCAGUCAGUGCCUCCAGUCAUCAAGAAGAAGUGCCACAGAAAGAGCAAGAGGAGGAAGAAGAAGAAGGCACAGAAAUAGCAUCAGAAAACCAAGAAGAUGAAACUGAAACAAUAGAAGAAAAACCUGCAGAUUCCCUGCAAGAUUUGUACCGAUCCUUGGAACUAGCUAGUUUGUCCCCUUUAGGAGACCAACAGAUUUCUACCAAGAUGGAGUACAAGAAAUCAUUUAUUAAAAGAUGCAGUGAUCCAAUAGUUAAUGAAAAAUUGCACCAGCUGCGAAUUCUGAAAAGCACUUUAAAGGCCAGAGAAGAAGAAGUAGCUAUCAUAGAUAAAGUCUUGGAUAAUCCAGCCUUGACAUCUAAAGACUUUCAAGAUUGGAAACAAAUGUACCUUGACCUCUUCCUGGAUAUUUCUCAGAACAAUCCUACAGAGGACCCUGUAAAUGACUCUGAUGAAGUCGAUGCUCUUAUAGACUCUUUAGCACAUACUCAUUCCUACAUUGAAACACAUGUAUAAAAAAUAAUUUUCUGUUUUUGUCUCUUCCUGACACUCCAGACCUUUGCUCAAGUGCACAGAAUAGCUUUUAUAUUAAUGUACAGAUCUAUUUUAAUGUUUCUGAUAUGAGUGAAGUACAAUUUCCAUAACUAUUGUGUGAAUAUAACAUAAUCUUAAAGCUGCUGAUGCUCAGUUAAUGUUUAUGUUUACAAAUAUUGGCCACAAUCCAAAGAAGCAAUAUGGGAGCAGGAACUGUGUGCUUUUUAUUUGAGGUUGGUGCUACAGCAGUUUUCACUGCUUAAAGAGGGUUUCUUGCUAGUAAAGAGUGUUACAUUUUAAGCUGAAGCAGCACGCAUGCUUCUUCUUUGGACCGUGUCCAGUGUCUUUAACAGUUAAAAAAAUAUUUUAAUUAGUAUAUUUUUGAGGAUUACUGAUUUAUCAAGAGGAAAGUUGGCAUAAAAGCAGUGUUUUACUACUGAAAGUCUAUCAGUUUCCUAUUAAAUAGUAUAUAAUUGUAAAUUAUUUAGUUACAUUUUCAAAGUGUGGCCUUUGUUUUGGCCAAUGUGGAAAUUAAACUUUUAUAUCUGGUGGAAUACUUUAGGUAUUUUCAUAAAUUAUGAGGAAAGUAUCAUAUUGUGGCAAGGGUUGCUUUUUAACUAAUAGUCAGGGAGUAAGAAAAAUAUCAGACUUCCAUAACCUUACGUUAAAAGUUUAAAGUAUCAUUUUUCUAGUCUUUUAAAAGACAGUUAGUAGACAAUCUAAAGUACAGAUUUAAUAUGAGAGUAAAGGAUUCUUUUUGUUGUAGUUUUGGCAAAGUUUUUUUUUUUUUAAAAAAAAUGUAUGACUGGACUGUUUUAUUUUAUUACUUCCCACUGUUACACAAAAAUGGCACUGUUGACCAAAGGAUCCAUGCAGUAGAUAAAAAUAAAGUUCAUAUUUCAAACGCUUCCAGUAGCUCAAGAAAUUGGAGAUGUUUUGGAGAUUCUGGUAUGUGGGAAGGGGGAUCAUUUAGUAGCUUGGGGAUGGGAUUGCCAGUAAUAUUCACAGGUUCAAAAUGACAGUCUCAAAAGAUACCAUAUACACAAUGAAAUCUGGCUUUCAGAAUCCACAUUAUUUUAAAUUGUACUUACAUUUUGACAAAAGGUGAGCUAAACAGAACUAUACUAAUUUAGGACCAAUUGUAUGCCAUAUAUGAAUAUAGGCUGCAAAAUUAUAAUCCGGGGUGCUUCAACACAGCCUGUUCUUCCAUUACUGAAACCAUUCACCCCUUUAUUCUUAAGAAAUCAGACCUCAAGCCAGUAGGUUACUGUUUAAUCCCUAGUAUCCAUCCUAUUUUGUUUUUAUUUUAAUGUUCUAGUUUGAAGACUGGGAGGAGGUGGAGUUUCAUGCCUCAUUUUGUUUGGUUAAAUAACUUAUAUUUGUUGAUGGUGUGUUACCGUGAUUAUUACCAUGAGAUUUCCUUUCUCUCCUUUCACCGUUAAUUAUUUGUAGCCAAGUUAGACAAUAAUUUCAGGACAAAAAAAAAUGAGCUGAAAUUAAGAAGUGGUUUGACUGUUUCUGAUUUGUGCCUUGGAACUAUAGUGGGACUGCAGAUAUGAAGAGGGGAAAGAUUAUUAAGAUCACUGAAAAAUAGCAAUGUAGUAUGAGAACUGUCGCUCAAGUAUUGGUUUGCAGAUGUUCUUUAUAUUGAAAAGAGGGAAAUGGAUAAGCCCUUCUCUUCUACAGUGACUCCUGCCAUGGUUUCAAGGCCAAAAUAAAAAACUGAAAAUAACAAACCUGUAGGCAAUUUCAGUGCAUUUAGCCUUCAGUUCUGCCUGCAAAAGGAUAGGCAGGCAAAUACUUUUUCCCCCUUUCCUCUCUAGAGCAGCAAUAAUGACAGCAGUCUAUGUAAACCAAGAGGGAUAUGUAACAUUACCCAAGCAGUUAUUACACUGCACAGACAAUACAUAUCUUCUCUAUUAGCCCUGAAUCAGACUAACACUAUCAAAAUGGGGGGGGGGGGGUUGUUGUCCAGAAGCAUUUUUAGAGAUAAAGUUUAUUCUGGACACUAGCAGUAGAGUGUUGGCUGCAUUAUAGACAUCAGUCCUGAGACAUCCCAGUUAAUAGGGCCAAAUAUCCAAUAAAAGCAAAUGUUACAGAAGGUGAUGUAUUUGUAAUUAAAGCUGUCUGUGCCUGGCAAGGGAUAUAAGAGGCAAAUGCUAAAGUAUGUAUUCUUGCCUUUUUCUAAGCCUUCAUUUUUAUCCUGAGUACUGAGCAUGAUAAAAAAUGUCCCUGUAACUUUCUUAACCUUUUCUGCACAAUUCAGGAAUGAAGAUAACAGAUUGGUAUAUGGUAAACAACUAAGGAACAUAUAUAAAGCUUUUAUAAUUCUUUUUAAGAAGCAGAACUCUUACCCUAUAGCCAGUAGAACUCAGUGAAUGUACUAUUUAACUUUUCACUGCACUAAUAGUUUCUGCUCCUAAGAGAAAUGAGCAAGGAAUUGUUUAUUUCUCUUCAACUACAUUUUUGAUUGCAAGUGUCUUGCAAAUUUUGCACAAUUUUACAGGAGAGUGGCCUUUCUACAGCUCAUUUUAAGUAAUUCUGUAUUCAUUUGAACCCAAAUGACAAAUUGCACAUUAAGAUUUGUAUGGAAUUCCAGGUACGGAGGAAUAUUUAUAUCAUCUAAAAGAAUCUGUUUGUAUUAAAUAAUUUAUCAGCUGCAUGUCUUGUUUGUUAUAAUUAGUGUUAUUUUGUAUAAUUCUCAUAUAAAAAUGCUUGAUUUGAA